AAAAAGGCAUGUUCUGUCCCGGUACUUUUUUUUUCUCGCAAAACCCUUCAAAAACGUCAGCAAUGGCGAUAACGGGGCUAGCUGCAACAACCACCUUUUCGCAAAUCCAUAAGCUCCCCCAAGCAGCCUAUAUUGACGCCGUGAAGUGGCUCCCUCCGCUCUCGCCUCUCUCGAAACUCUUGGCUGUCGCCCUCUUUGACGCUCGAGCUUCUGCACGCGGUGGACGAUGAGGGGUUUCACGAGGAACCCAUUUUGGGAAUUGACCUGGGGGAGAGUGCUUGGGUCAUGAGCGUGGGGGAAGACGGGAGGGUCAAUUUGGUUAAUUUCGGUGGUGUCGGUGAGAGUUUCAGGAGGGUCUUUGAUGGGGAGGGUUUGGUGGGGUUUAACGCCGUUAAAUGGGCGUCUCCGAGUGAGUUUGUGACUGUUGGGUAUGGACUUGGACUUCAAUGGUGGGAUCUGAGACGCCCUGGCGGUCCGGUUUCGCAUUUUAAAGGGAACUGGUCUCAAGGAAAAUCUUCUUGGAUGGUUCAUUCAAUUGAUAUUCAUCCAUCAAGAACACACACCCUUCUGGUGAGAACUUUUGCCUCAUUGUAUCGUAAAACUUUCUGAGUCUGUGUACGAAAUUGGACAUGGUAGUUAUUCAAGAUUUUGUGUGUGCAUGUUUAUU